UUGCCAUUAGCUGCCGGCGACCAUGUACUCCAUGUAGAACAAUAGUGUAUAAAUCACGCAGAGUCUACGCUCGUAGUCGUACUCCAUUAAUUCCAUCUCCGCCCCCGUCCGCUGGCCCGAUCUUCCCAGGGCGAGGAACGACGAUGAAGCUGCUCUGCAUCCUCACGGUGGUCCUCGCCCUCGCGUCCGUCGAGCCCGCCGUCUCGUCCCCCCGGCGCUACGAAUCCAUCAUCACCUUCGGCGACUCCUUCACCGACACCGGAAAUGCCAUCAUCGUCUUGGCGGAGAAAUCGCGCUUCGACCCUACGGUGCAGCCUCCCUACGGCAUGACGUUCUUCGGCCGCCCCACGGGCCGCUACUCCAACGGCCGCCUCAUCAUCGACUUCAUCGCUGAGAAGCUCGAUCUGCCGUUCGUCCCGCCGUACCUCUCGCACAACGGCAGCUUCAGCGAGGGCGUCAACUUCGCCGUGGCGGGCGCCACCGCUCUCAACGCCAGUUUCUUCAGAGACAUCCCGCUCGUAGGCUCGUUUGUUCUCAACACCAGCUCCAGCGUGCAGCUGGGGUGGUUCGACUCGCUCAAGCCGUCGCUGUGCAGCCCUGCCCAAAAUUGCCCGGGCUUAUUCCACAAGACGCUCUUCUUCAUGGGUGAAAUUGGCCUCAACGACUACAGCUUUGCGGUCUUCGGAAUGACCCUGCCCGAACUAAGAUCCAUGGUCCCAGACGUCGUCAAAACCAUCGCCGCGGCCACUGAGGUGCUACUCGGGCAGGGGGCGAAGACCGUGGUGGUGCCCGGGAUCCCGCCGCUGGGAUGCAUGCCGCCGAAUCUGGUGUUCUUCCCCAGCAACGAGUCGGCAGGCUACGAGCCUAGCACCGGAUGCCUGAAAGGCCUCAACGAGAUCGCCAGGCACCACAACUCGGAGCUGCAGAAGGCCCUCGACAAGGUCCGGGGGAACCACCCGAAUGCCCUGGUCAUCUACGCCGAUUUCUUCACCCCGGUCAUCGAGAUGGUGGAGUCUCCCCACAAAUUUGGGCUUACCACGGACGUUCUGAGCUGUUGCUGCGGUGGAGGUGGCAAGUACAACUUCAACAUCAGCGCUGGCUGUGGCAUGCCAGGCGCUACCGUGUGCGAGGACCCGUCUCAAUAUCUGUACUGGGACGGCCAUUUCACGGAGGCAGCCCACCGCUAUAUUGCCAAAGGCUGGCUAAACAGCAUAAACAGUUGCAAACCCUGGUAGUAACUGGAUAUGCGGAAUUGCAUACUUACAACUUUUUUUAAUCACCGAUAUACACGCGUCAUGAACGGAAUUUCUGUUGUUUUUAAGGCUUGCCAAUUCGUCACAAGGUUUUCUAUGUACGGAGGCGACUGAGAAUUUCUUAAAUCUUAUUAGUCGAUCUGAUCACGGUUGGAAUAGUGUCAUGAUUCGUGCGGAAAAAAAACUUGUAUAUUUGCAAGGUGUUGGAAGAAUAGCCUACUCUGGAUUAUUUUUGUUGAAACAUAAGCAAAAGAUUUGCCUCA